GAGUGUUGAAAAUCUAAAAUGUACUCAAAAUCUAGAGGAGUGGUUCUGCCUUUUAAAUCAUUCAGAUUUAAACUAAUAGUCUUUAGAAUUCCACAAAGUCCCAGCUUCCCUCAUGAAACCGAAGCUCAUAUUAUUUUCGUUACUCUACAGUUAGUUAGAAGCACCACACGACAAAUGCGUUGUUCCACUCAGAAACCCUUUUAUCUCUCAAUUUUAUUCACCUGUUUUCUUGGUUUCACACAGAAAGUCUAUUAAUAUAUUAAUAGACAUGACAAUGUAAAUUAAUUUGACAUGACGCUGAUUAAGAGGCGUACCAAAUCGGUCAUCAAUGUUUAAGGCUUGGUGUUGUAACUUGUAAAGGAAGAAAAACGAGUUCACAAAUCUUAUGUGAAGAUAAAUUUUGAAACUUUUGCAUGAUAUAUAAAAGUUAGUUGGAACAUAAACAAAAUAGAGAAAGCUGGUCCAGAAUUACCCAAAAGAUUAUGUGGAUUGAGAUUAAGCCCACCCCUCUCGGGAUUAUUGACUCGGUUUGGAUAUUUAUACAAUCCUCACUAUAUUUAGACAAAUAUAGAUCACAAAGUAUGGAUACAAGCAUCCUAGAAACACAACUUUAGUAACAAAUAAAUAACAGCAAGAACAUGGCAGAGACUCAAGGAAAGGUCAUCACUUGCAAAGCUGCUGUGGCAUGGGGUCCAAAAGAGCCGCUUGUAAUACAAGAAAUAUGCGUAGAUCCUCCUCAGAAAAUGGAAGUUCGUGUUAAAAUCCUUUACUCCUCCAUUUGUCACACCGAUCUCGGAGCUUGGACCGGAGUGAAUGAAGGUGAACGAGCAUUUCCAAGGAUUCUUGGCCAUGAAGCUGUCCGGAUAGUUGAAAGUGUAGGAGGAGUGAAAGAUGUGAAAGAAGGAGACUAUGUGAUUCCCACUUUCAAUGGAGAAUGUGGUGAAUGUAGAGUGUGUACGAAUGGAGUAAGUAAUCUCUGUGAGAGAUAUAAAGUGGAUCCAAUGAAAAGACUGAUGGUUAACGAUGGAGGGACGAGAUUCUCAACCACCACAAACAAAGACGGUGGUUCGAGCCAGAAGCAACGCGUUUAUCACUUCCUUAACACAUCCACGUUCACUGAAUACACCGUCUUGGACUCGGCUUGCGUCGUCAAGAUCGAUCCUAAUGCUCCUCUCAAGCAAAUGAGCCUCUUGAGCUGUGGGGUGUCCACUGGUGUGGGAGCAGCUUGGAACACUGCCAAUGUGAAGGAAGGAACAACCACUGCUGUCUUUGGAUUGGGUUCUGUUGGUCUCGCUGCUGCUGAAGGUGCAAGAGCAAGAGGAGCUUCUAGGAUCAUUGGUGUUGACGCUAAUGCUUCCAAAUUUGAGAAAGGUAAACUUAUGGGUAUAACAGACUUCGUCCCUAAAGACUUAACAAAGCCAGUACAUGAGAGGAUUCGAGAGCUAAUGAGUGGAGGCGUGGACUAUAGCUUCGAAUGUACAGGAAACGUCGAUGUUCUUCGCGAAGCCUUUUUAUCCACUCAAGCAGGUUGGGGAUCGACGGUACUUGUAGGAAUUUAUCCGACACCAAAAACAUUGCCUCUUCAUCCAAUGGAACUUUUCGACGGCCGCACAAUCACCGGUUCUAUAUUCGGUGGUUUCAAGCCCAAAUCUCAGCUUCCAAAUUUUGCUCAACAAUGCAUGAAAGGGGUUGUGAAAUUAGAACCUUUUAUUACGAAUGAGCUUCCAUUUGAGAAGAUAAACGAUGCGUUUCAGCUGCUUCGCGAUGGAAAAUCUCUUCGUUGUGUUCUCCAAAUCUCUAAAUUUCUCAAGAAAUGAUUCUACGUAUCUUCCCAAGGUUACUAUUAUAUUAUCAACAAACACUUCUAUUUGUAUCAGUUAUUUUUUUAUCAUAAAUUUAUGAAUAUCAUCAGUAGUCCGAUGAUAUAAACCAUUAUUUGUGCUCAGUUAUUAGUUAAUUUGAUUAAACUCGAAUGAUCUUGUGCCUUCCGGUGGGAACCAAAACUUGCAAAAUCAAAAGUUAUAAUGAAAAACCUUAAUUUUUCGGGGAACCGGAUUUUAAGCAUUAGUCAAAGACAAGUAAUCAGAAAAAGAUGU